CCGCAACAAUGGCGACAGAAAUAGCUACACGGAAGGUAGAGUUCCCCCACCAGCCUACCCCACCAACCCCGCGUUACGCGUUGAAUGUUUGCGGCAUCGCAAUUGCAAUUUGUGACGCUUCAAUCCCAUGGUCGAAGAUCUAACAAAUCUCCAGAACCCUUCCUUCGUCCUUCAAGCCCCUCACAAAGUAGUCUACGAAGACCGCCCCGUGCCCACACUCCCCUCGCCAUACGAUGUCAUUGUCAAGCCCCGAUGGACGGGAAUCUGUGGCUCAGACGUGCACUACUGGGUCGAGGGCCGCAUCGGACACUUCGUCGUCGAGUCGCCCAUGGUGCUGGGCCACGAAUCGGCGGGCAUUAUCCACGCCAUCGGCGACAAAGUGAAGUCGCUGAAGGUUGGUGACUGCGUUGCCAUGGAACCUGGUGUGCCGUGCCGUCGCUGUGUACGUUGCAAAGACGGCAAGUACAACCUUUGCCCGGACAUGGCGUUUGCAGCUACACCUCCGUACGACGGCACGCUUGCUCGGUACUACACCCUACCAGAGGACUACUGCUACAAGCUGCCGGAGAACAUGAGCAUGGAAGAGGGUGCACUUAUCGAGCCCACCGCUGUCGCUGUACACAUCACAAGACAAGCCGCAAUCAAGUCUGGAGACUCUGUUGUUGUGUUCGGCGCCGGGCCGGUCGGGCUACUGUGCAUGGCUGUUGCGAAGGCGUACGGCGCGAAGAAGAUCGUCACCGUAGAUAUCAACGAAGAGAGGAUGCAGUUUGCGCUCAAAUACGCGGCGAACACGAGCUUCAAGAGCCAGCGCGUCCCCGCGGACGAGAACGCGAGAAACUUGAUCAAGGAGUGUGACUUGGGUGCUGGCGCGGAUGUCAUCAUCGACGCAUCGGGCGCAGAACCAUGCAUCCAGACUGCUAUCCACGCACUGAGAAUGGGCGGCACAUAUGUUCAGGGCGGCAUGGGCAAGCCUGACAUUAACUUCCCCAUCAUGGCCAUGUGCACAAAGGAGCUCAACGUCAAGGGCUCGUUCCGAUACGGCUCGGGCGACUACCAGACGGCUGUUGAUCUCGUGGCCGAUGGACGCAUUUCCGUCAAGGAGCUUAUCACUGGCAAGGUCAAGUUUGGGG